UACCAAGCAAGUACACAAAGACACCGACACAGCAAAAAAGGAAGGAGGCAGUGAGGCACGAGUGCACAACUAGAGCCCAGGAAAUCAAGAAAGCUCGUGCAAGCCAUGGCGGGAGUUGCGUCCCUCAACGCCCUCACCCUCCGCGCGUCUUCCCCAUCACCCGCAGCCCCGUCGCCGCGCGGCGGCAGCGGCGCCGCCCUCGCGUUCCCGACCCCGCCUCGCCUCUGGUCGCUGCGUGCCGCGCGGCGCGUCCGGGCGCGUGCGGUGGCGGCCAGCGGGGAUCCUGAGGACGAGUGGGGGCCGGAGCCUGAGGGCGGGUCCGCGGUCACGGGGCCGGCGGUGGCCGAGGCGCCCGCGCCGGAGGCGAGCGAGGUGGCGGAGCUCAAGGCGCGGCUCAAGGAGGCGCUGGACAGCACGGAGCGGGGCCUGCUGGCGUCCAGCGAGACGCGGGCGGAGGUGGUCGAACUCAUCACGCAGCUCGAGGCGCGCAACCCCACGCCGGCGCCCACGGAGGCGCUCACGCUCCUCAACGGCAAGUGGAUCCUCGCGUACACAUCAUUUUCUCAACUUUUCCCUCUGCUGGGGUCCAGAAGGCUGCCUGAGCUUGUCAAAGUGGAGGAGAUAUCACAGACUAUCGAUUCAGAGAACUUCACAGUGCAAAACUGCAUCAAGUUUUCAGGACCAUUGGCAACAACCUCAGUUUCCACCAAUGCUAAAUUUGAAAUUAGAAGCCCCAAGCGUGUGCAGAUUAAAUUUGAUGAAGGUGUUAUCGGAACCCCACAACUGACCGACUCCAUUGUGCUACCGGAGAAGUUUGAGCUCUUUGGACAGAGCAUCGACCUGAGCCCAUUGAAAGGCAUAUUUUCUUCCAUCGAAAAUGCAGCAUCCUCGGUUGCCAAGACCAUCUCUGGUCAGCCACCACUGAAGAUACCGCUUCAGACCAACCAUGCUGAGUCCUGGUUGCUCACAACCUACCUUGACGAAGAGCUCAGGAUAUCCAGAGGGGACGGUAGCAGCAUCUUUGUGCUGUUGAAGGAGGGAAGCACCCUUCUGAACUAGGUUCGAUGUUGAAGGGCGAACCUUGGCAGUAUUAUAUUGACUACUGACUACGGUUUCUAUUUCUUGAUACCAUGUGUUUGUAGUAAUAUAUUAGUGGGAUGUGUGCUGUGUGGUUAUGUGAAAAUAUGAUUGGUACCUUAUGGGUAAAUGUCUGUAAUCGAUGCUUUUAGUUUCAAUAACCUGAAAUGUAGAUACCUA